AUGGCUCCUGGAGGUGGAGGGAAGAGGAAGAGGGGGGACAGGACUUACUCGAACGAGGGUAGAGAAGAAGGUUCGAGACCUUCACCUCAUCGACCCGGCAACUUGACGCUAGGACAACAAAGCAACCAGCAGCAAGGUCAGCAGUCGCAAAAUUAUGGCAGAGAUCAAUAUGACCAACGUGGUGGAGGCAGGAGAAGAGGAAGCAGAGGAGGGCGUGGAGGCGGACCUCAGCGCAGUCCCAUGAACAGUCCGAACGCCAUACCGCUACAGUCACGUGCGAACGGCACAUCCCCAAGGCCUAUGUCACCUUCUCUUCCACCGCCACAGCCCCCAGCGGAGCCAAAAGAGGAACCAGCACCGCAGCCUUUAGUGACGCAGGUCCCAGAACAGCAGCAAAGCAAACCUGCAAUUUACUAUUACGAAUAUGCUACCGAAGAAAGAAUAAGAGCAUGGGCAGAUCACGGGAAGAAAGAGGUUCUGGAUAGGGGUAUUACAGCUCGUACCGCACAGGAUGCCAUGACUCUUGGCAUCCUCUACCAGGAAUUGGUCAGAUCUGCUCUCGACGGACGGAUAGAUGCAGCGGAAGCUGGCUCCACGAUCAAAGAUAUCAUUAAGAAGGACGAUAACACUGACACCUCUGAUACCAUGGCCGACGAAUAUCCUUUCGACGCAAGCUCGCUCUUCCUUGAUUGUCUUUCGAUCUUGACAGAGGCAUCGCCUUCUAUCGCGACACCAUCAUUAAAAGCACUUGUACUUGCUACUGGAAUACCGGCCCAACAGAUGCGUCGUGAAUUGGAUAGCACGCUUUUGGAGAACUUUGGUAUGAUACGCAACACUUUUGUCAGAGUCGGCAUUCGGAAUACAACCAACCUUCUCUACCGCCAGUCAAAUUACAAUCUACUUCGAGAGGAGACGGAGGGUUACUCAAAGCUAAUGACUGAGCUUUUCACAACCAGUAGCAACGAGCUACCAACUAGCGAGGUCGUCGAGGAAACUUUCGAGCGAGUCAAGGGAAUGAUUGGAGCUUUUGAUCUUGAUGUGGGAAGAGUUCUCGACAUCACACUCGAUGUUUUUGCAGCGGUCCUGGUCAAGCAAUACCGAUUCUUUGUCAAGUAUCUCCGAGCAAGCUCAUGGUGGCCGCAAGAAAAUAUCUUCAAGUCACAUCCUACCGGGCAUUUCCUGAGUCCUCUGCCGAAGUGGGCGUUACCAGGUGCAUCUGGGUGGGGAUUGAGUGACGAAGAGAAAGAAGAUGUGACUACGGCAAAGAUCGAGCGAGACAAAGCUUUCUGGCAGAGAAGUAAGGAGGUUGGGAUGGGUGCCUACUUCGAAAUUGGUGGUCGAAGAGCAGAAGGAUCAGCCCUUGCAGCCGCGGCCACCAACAGCAGCUCCGAGGACUCGUCUCAAGACGAUGAAGAUCGCAAGUGGAUCGAAAUCACAAAUACUUUACCUCCUCCAGGUAAUCAGGUCGCCGCUCAGGUGCUCGGAUUCAAACUGCGUUUCUACAGCUCUACUGCACGUGAUCCCAACGACGUACUCCCAGUCAACCUCAUCUACCUGGCCGCCUUGCUGAUCAAGGUCGGCUUUAUCUCACUACGAGAUCUAUAUCCUCACAUCUGGCCAGCAGACCCAGCAAUGGAAGAUGUUAAGGAAGAGAAGAUGAAGGAAAAGGCCGAGAAGGAGAAAACGAAUCGCCCUGGGGGCGGCGCUACCAACGCGCUGAUGGCCGCUGCACCACUCCCAGACGACUCCGUGGACGGCAAGAUGAAAGAGGCUGCAAGACUCCGUGAAGUUGAAGUAGCUCGAAGAAACACCGCAAAAAUUGACCUUACAGAUGAGAGGUCAACACCAGCUGCGCAGCCAGAAGAAAAAGUCGAAGAACUUCCAGAGCCUUCUGAGCAAAAAGUCCAAUUGUUGAAGAGCUUACUCUGUAUUGGUGCUCUGCCCGAAGCUCUCUACAUGCUUGGCCGCUUUCCAUGGCUUCCAGACGCUUUUCCAGAACUUCCCGAACACAUCCACCGCAUACUCCAUCACUCUCUCAGCAAAGUCUACGAGCCUUUACGGCCCCUCAAAGACCAAGCGGGCCUGCGAGAGCAGCAGAAAACACCAGACCCUGAUCAAGCCGGAGUAGCAAAAGGUGAAGUUAAGCUCAUUGACGCUCCUGCGCGCAAAACCAUGCGCUGGGCGCAAUUGGACAAAGAGGAUACGAACGAUGCAAUUGAUUACAAGUUCUAUUGGGACGACUGGGCCGACAACGUCCCCGUAUGUCAGACAGUCGAUGAUGUCUUCGUUCUUUGUUCCACCCUACUCAAUUAUACUGGAGUAAAGAUCGGUCAAGAUAGCUCGCUUCUAAUUAAGCUAGCUCGGAUUGGUAGUCAUUCAUUGGCCACUGACACCUCAGAAUCGAACACGGCACGUUGGGUUGAUUUGUCGAAACGACUGUUAGUGCCGGCUCUGUCUUUCACGAAAUGCAAUCCUGGGAUAGUCAACGAAGUCUUCGAGCUCAUUAAAAACUUCUCGACACCCACUCGAUACAGCAUAUAUGCAGAAUGGUACCAAGGACAGACGUCACGAUCGCCGGACAUCAAGUCCGCCUUCGACCAGGCAAAAGCCGAGACGAAAGACGUUCUCAAGCGCAUCAGCAAGACCACAAUCAAACCCAUGGCGCGAGCUCUAGCCAAGGUGGCGUAUGCGUCACCUGGGAUCGUCUUUUCUGUUGCCAUUGCUCAACUUGAGUCCUACGAGAACAUCGUUGAUGCUGUGGUUGAAUGCGCACGAUACUUUACAUAUCUGGCAUACGAUGUGCUCACGUGGUCUCUCAUGAGCGCUCUUGGAGGUACUGGAAGGAACAGGGUCCAGGCUGAUGGCAUGCUCACCAGCAAAUGGUUGGCAGCAUUGUCCUUAUUUGCGGGCAAGGUCUUCAAGCGCUAUUCUGUCAUGAAUCCUACACCGAUCGUUCAAUACGUCGCCGAUCAACUCCGGAAAGGCAACUCGACAGACCUCAUUAUCCUUGAAGAGAUUACCAAGUCCAUGGCUGGCAUUUUGUCCGACGCCAAUCUCAAUGACGCACAGGUCUGGGCAAUGGCCGGCCGGGACCUUCUGCAAGCGCAGACCAUAUUGCAGCUGCAUGAUCGGCGGCACGAGUCGAAGACUACCGCGAAGCGACUGAUGAAAUCACUAACGGACUCGAGAAUGGCUGGCCAGAUCAUAGUCUCCUUAGCCCAGGAACGGCAGACAGGUAUAUUCAAGAUUGAAGAGCAAAAUGCCCAUCCUAAACUGCUAGGCAACCUUUUCGACCAGCUUCAUCGAAUAAUUACUCAAUACAUAGAGCUUUUGAGAAGCAAUAUGUCCGUCAAAGAGUUCGACAAUUACGUGCCCGGAGUCUCCGAGCUUGUGACUGCGUUCGGUAUUGAGCCCAGCGUCGCUUUCUGGAUCAGCCGACCAAGCAUUGCUGCAGCAAUCGCUGACUACGAUGCCAAGCACGGAAAGCGAAACUCAGAUGCUAAAAAGCCAUCCAUGAAAGAAAUAAAGGAAGAUGUGGCCAAGGCAGACGAUGGAGCUCUAGGAGAAGAAACAGUCUCUGACGCAACCAAGGUUGCCGUAGAAGAUCAAAUGGAGGUGUCCGCAGCAACCGUGAAUGGAGAUUCGGACAAAGAAAAUACUGAUCUUGAGACGAAAGAUGGGAAUGACAGCACACCAGCAGUUGUCUCUUCACGUUUGGCCAAAGUGAACCCGAUUCAACGGCCUUGGCAUCCGAUCCUCCAAGAACUCAUAGAAGCCAUCCGUCCGACCUUGCCCGAAAAGACCUGGGAAACCUUGAGUCUGCCAUUCUAUGUGACAUUCUGGCAGCUAUCGCUUCCAGACAUGCAUGUUCCGUUGCCCAGCUACAAUGAUGAAAUCAACCGGCUGAAAAAGAAGGUGUUAGCCAUCAGCAGCGACCGAUCAGACAUCAGCAUACUCGGCACCCAGAGAAAGGAUAAAGAAAAGAAAGCUUUGGGGGAAUUGCAAGACCGCCUGCGAGAUGAAUCCGGCACCUGUGUACAAGUAUAUCAGCAAAUGAGAAUGCGCCUCCAAAAAGAAAAGGAACACUGGUUCGCUGGGCUUUGGGGCCAGUGGGACGCACUCAAUGUUGCAUUGAUUGAACACUGCUUCUUCCCACGAAUCGUGCUCUCACCAGUCGACGCCAUGUAUACCUUCAAGAUGUUGAAAUACCUGCAUUCUUCAGGAACAACCAACUUCAGGACAAUGGGUGUAUACGAUCAGUUCUUCAAAGAGAAGAGGCUGACGUCUAUGAUGUUCUUAUGUACAGCCAAGGAGGCCGAGUGUGUGGGUCGCUUUUUCAAUGAGAUCCUACGAGAUCUCAGUCGAUGGCACGCGGAAAAGUCAACCUUUGAGAGAGAGGCUUUUGGCCCGAACAAGAAUCUUCCAGGAUUUUCGAAAAAGAUGACAAACGAUAAGGGGAUCGUGUCUUUCUAUGAAUACGAAGAAUUCCGCAGGGUACUCCUGAAGUGGCACCGAAAUCUUAACGGCGCUUUGAAGACCUGCAUAGGCAGUGGUGAGUACAUGCACAUUCGGAAUGCGAUCAACAUUCUCAACAACGUUCAUCAAUACUUCCCAGCUGUAAACUGGAUGGGCCAAAGUCAGCUCACCAGUAUUGGGGAGUUGAGCAAGUCAGAAACUCGCGAAGACUUGAAAGUCGCGGCUACAUCGUUGAUUGGUGCCCUAAAGAGACGUGAGAAAGAUUGGGUGCUCCCGCAAGCUUUCAACUUGGUACGUACUAGCUCUCUUGAACCUACACGAGUGGACCCUGACCAGGCGAAGACCGAAGGCGGCUCUGCAACCACCAACGGUGUCAGAUCUACAUCAGCGAAACCAUCUACGCCGCAUCCUGAGAGCGAUACGGCUCGGACAUUGAAUCCCAAGGCUCCGGAUUUCCAGCCAAGUCCACGCCCGGUUGUGAACGGCGGGCCGAAGAUGGUCAGGACAGCUUCUGGGAAGCUUGAAGUCGAAGACGGUGAGAUCGAAGACGCGAAGAUGACAGACAAUCCAAUCAACGAGGGUGAAAGUUCAGAUGCCCAGCAGCUACCGAAGCCAGCGCCAGGGGAAAUCCCCAAAGCGUCAGCCAUUUCAGCGCCUCCUGCCGAGACAUCGAAGCACUUAGAUGUCUCACGGAAGGAUUCUCCAGCCCCGAGUGCAAAUCAAGCCUUACGAUCAUCUGCCAGUACGUCGUCAGCAUCUACAAGACCGGGGAUUAGACCAAUGGCACCUUCUGCCCAAUCUCCGGUCCCUAAUCGGCCAGAUUUGAGUCGCAAUGCAUCUUCCAAUGCCACUAAUGGGCCCCUUCAGCAUGGUCUUCCCAACAAGCCCGAGGCAAACGUGUCAAGGUCUGGAGACAAUCGCAUGCUGCCACGGUCCGACGGGCGUGGGCUUGGGCUUCAUGACCAUGCACGAGAAUCUCGCUUCCCUGAGCGGGGAGGAGCCGACAGGUCUAGAGACAUACUGCGUGACCGAGGACCGGAGCGAACUGCUUCAGGAUCCUACACCCAAAAUCACGAGAGAGCAAAUGAGCGGGCACCGCUACCUGACAGGGACCGUGUGGACCUACGUCAUGGCAACGAAAAGGCGCCCCCUGCUCGAGCUGCUAUUGACGACCGACACAAUGGAUCGCAUGCGAGGGAUACGAGACAGCUACCUCGCGAUGAUAGACUGGACCGACCUUCCAACGACCGGUUAUUCAACGAACAGCAACAUAAUCGUCGAGACGCGGAGAUCCCUACACAAAACAUAAGAGACACGGCGAUGCCACCACCACGGUCGAACAUUCCUCAACAUCCCGACAGAGCUGCUCUUAUUCAGGGCAACCAGAAUUCUAGCCGGGGAUUACCCACCAGCAACCCUCAGGACCGCCGCUCUGAGACACCGAGACACGACAGCCACUCUCAUCCUGGACGAAGCUCCCGAGGACCAUCGCCAAAGCGAGACGAUGAUCGUCGUACCCCUAGAGAUGACGGUCUCCGCGAAGAGCGACCACCAGUGGAUGGGCGCCGUCCAAUCGAUGACCCUUCGCGCCUUGCUCAACCGCGAUAUGAGGAACCCCACGCUCCAACAGGGCCACGGACAGGCCGUCCACCAAGUGCUUUACCUGUGAAUCCAACUGACCGAUUCAGAGACUCAUUGAAGGCGUCCACUCCGCUACCAGCAAUAGACCCGACUCAUGGACGUUUAAGCCAUGAUUCAAACCACAACGGUAGACAGUCUGAGUCACAAUAUGGAAGGCUCAAUUCAAGCACCGACAUACCAUCUGGUCCAAGGUUGGCAAAUGGAAAUCAUCCGCCUCCAAAUCGGGGUGGUCGAAAUGUCAGUGCGCCACAACCGCACCUCAACACUCAGCAACCCUUACUUGUCUCACAAAGCUCUACUCCCGCCGCUCCAGCACAGGACCGGCAGACGCCAAGUGGACCUUCGAUGAGAGGGUCACCACGUAAGCCAGCUCCGUUUACCCAACCUAUCUCAACAUCAUCAGCGCCUCCAACACCAGUGGCUCAGAGCCCAGAGACAGCUGGCAUUCACCCCGACCGUCUAAAGGCUAUCCAAGGUUCGGGCGCCGCUACUACAGAGAGUGCACCGGCAAACCGAGGGCCAAGGCAAGCUCCGCCGCCAAUGGCAAUGCCGGCGUCGGGCCCACCAAGAGGCCCAAAUAAUCAUCUUGCCAGUCCUAUUGCACAAUCUCCGACUAACCGUGGUCCACCCACAGGCCCAUCAUUCCCGAAUGAUAGAAACAGAGACAAACGUUUUGCGGGUCUGCAAAACGUUCUCCAGCAAGUGGGAUCACCAGCGGUACCCGAGAGGUCUGGUCAAGGAGCGACCAUCCGUGGUAGAGGUGGUCGCGCCAAUAAUGUCAGCAUGCCAUCUCCAAUCACGCCUGGUCCGCCUAUCCAAAAUCUGCCAAGACAGGAUGGUCCUGCUCCUCGUGUCGACCUCUUUGCUGGAAGACCAAAUGGCAUGCCGAACCUACAGCAAAGUGAGGGAGAUGCAGGCUACGAACGUGGAGGCAGGCGGGGAGGUGGGCGGGACGAUGGAGACCGUCGAUCUGGCAGACAUCGGAGCCGUUCCCCCAAGGACAGAGUACCUGGAGCAUCAGUACGCUCUCGCGAGGAGGAAACAAUGUAUGGUAGAGACGGAACAGGAGAGCGAUCUAGGCCGGGUGACGCACAACCUGAUAGAGACUUGAGAGGAGGCGUUGGACAAGCUGAGAAGAACGUCCGCGGUGGUGCUGGCCCUGAGAGGAGAGACUCGCGUGCCGAUGAACCUCCGAGGGAUACGAGAAGAUCUGGCCGGGACGAAGGGCAGUAUCGAGAUCGGAGAGGAGAGCUUGAUCAGAGAGAUGGAGGUGACCGGAGAGAUGGGAGGGAUAGAAGAGACGGCGGUGGGAGCGGAAGAAAGCGCGGAAGAGGCGGCGAUGAAGGCCAAGGGGACCGAGGCUUUGCAGAUAACAAAAGGCCUCGAAGAUGA